CAUGGCUCGAAGGGUUGCCCCAGCGCCCGAGAUGGAGGCCAUGACCUUGCCGAAAUCGAUGCGUGCUUGGACUUUCACUUCUGCAGGACUACCGAAGGAUGUCCUCGAGUUCCAAGCGGAGGCGGCAAUGCCAGCUCUGCCGACUGCAAGAUCCGUCUUGAUCAGGGUAUCCCACGUUGCUUUGCAUCCGGGCUCCCUUAUCAUGAUGAAUCUGGUUCCCAGGUUCUUUCGAAAAUUUCCGGCGACUGCUGAAACCGACUUCUCUGGAACGGUCGUUGCCGCUGGAGACGACGUCGCCACAGCUCCAGCAGAUCUGACUGACGAGAGAUCGUUUCCCAUAGGCUCCGCUGUUUUUGGAACGAUCCCAGUGGCAACGCAUCUCAAAGGAUCCGGAGCGCUCGCAGAGUAUCUCGUCGUCGACGUGGACAGCAUUGCGAAGAAACCAGGGAGGGCAGCAAUGGACGAGGCAGCCGGACUGGCCAUUUCCGCCGCGACAGCGCUUGAUGUCGUCGAUAUGGCAGAUAUAACAGAAGCCCAAAGCGUCCUCGUCAACGCGCCGUGCGGCGGCGUUGGCUCCUUUGUGACGCAGCUCGUCAGGAGCAAAGUGGGACCGAAUGGGCGGGUCGUCGGCGUGUGCUCAACGUCAAGUUCGGCACUCGCUAUGAACCUUGGCUGCGAUGAGACUGUGGAAUAUGACGCAAGGCCGGACGGUCAGUCGCUUGUAGAGUUUUACAAAGGCCUUCGCGGACGGCAUGAUCUCUUCGAUGCUAUUGUAGACUGCCACGGAUCGCAGGAUCUUUGGUGUUCGUCACCUCUGCUGCUUAAAUCAGGGCCUCUGCAUCAUUACGCAACCGUUGGGCCCAAGUUCACUUCCUACUCGCUCACUGGAGUGCUGGUGACCGUGUGGCAGAUGCUAAGGAACAUGGUCACGCCGGUUUGGGCUGGCGGAGUUGAUCGGAGUUAUAGACAAGCAGCGUCGUUCGUCGACGCGGAGAAGCUGAAGAGAAUCGCGGAUUUAGUAGAUGGCGGAAUCAUGAAAACGUACGUUGGCGGGUCGUGGAGAUUCGAGGACGCCCUUGAGGCGUACGAAGUUGGCCUCCGCGGGCACGCCAAGGGAAAGCUUUUGAUAAAGGUGGAGUGAGCACGAGAAGAACGAAGAUUUGAUGUUUCCAGCGAGAGAGAAGUCCGAUGAUGAUCUUGUAACCUGAUGUGCCAGCAAGACACAGUCAGACGGAGACACUUGAAUCUCAUCAAAAGGUUGCAUUAUGUUUAAUUGUUCUCCAAAAACACAACGACGAUAAGGGUUUCUCGAACAAACGGUAUUCGAUUGAGAUGAAACUUGGCCCUCGUCAACGAUUAAAUUGAAUGAACACGGGCUUUCUAGUAGAGAAAGAGCCUGCUAACAUACCGGCAUGAGGGAAGGUUAGAAAAAUGUAGUUGAAAAC